ACACCCAUAUAAGAAUGAUCGUCCCAACAAAUAGAAAGAGAGAGAGAGAGAGAAUGGAUCCUAAGACAGACAAGUUGGUUAGAAGGGUAGCAAUAGUGACCACUGCAGUUGCAGCCUAUUUCCUCCUCACUCAGGAUUAUGGCCCUAACCCUAAUGCCCUAGACCCUAUCAAGAAAGCAAUAAAUUCAGCAGAAGCGGUCGUCAAGAGUUACAUAUUCAAGUCGAGAGAGGAGCCUCGAGGAAAGGAAGGUGGAGACACCAGUAUCACUCAUGGGAAAGGUCAAUAGAGAGAGAGAGAGAGAGAGAGAGAGAGAGGUGUUUUGUACAUAAUCCUUAUACCAACUCCAAUGGUGGCUACUUCAGGAGUCCUUGGGACGGUUUUGAAUGUUAGAUGAAAAGCCAAGGAUUUGUCUGGUCUUUGAUUUUCCCUUGCAAAAGUUCACAGUUCCGUAGAAAUAUAGCCUAGUGUUCAUCUUGAGCCCCCUCUUGAAGAGUUGUAAGAAAAAAUUGGAAUGAGAAAGAUGAAAAAUGUUAAUGGGCUUUUGCAUUGCAAAACCAUGUGGUUCCUUGUAAAAUCAAGCAUCAAUUAGCACUCGUACUAUGAAAUCAAGCAUUGUGCUCUGUUCUGCUUAAUUGAUAAUCAGUUUUAUGUACCA